UUUCACCAGACGGAGAUCUCACAUUAGCCGAUCGCGUCGACGUGUCCUGCGUGUAUGUACGCGCGCUUUCAGUGGUAAUAACGAUUCCUCCGAGAUAACGCGCUGUCAGCUCAGAAAGAAAUUUGUGAAUUCUCUACCGUCGUGUUCCUUGGUGAAAUCUGGAUCUCCUUGUUGCUCUCCAUUGAAACAACCAUGAUCGGAGUAUAUCACCUUGGAUUGUAUUUGUUGUUAUUCGGGAGCUGCAUCGGCAAUUACGUCACGUGGGACCUGCAACUGUUAUGCUCGGACUUGUACCCACGGGUGUUCACGAGCUAUGUGCCUCGUGGCAACUUGACUGGCGGGAAGUUCACACAGCAGCCUCGUGUGUCCAACAUGCAGGACUGCGUCAUAACGUGCUGCAAGAAGUCCCUGUGCAACGUGGCGUUCAUGCACAACAGCACGUGUUACCAUAUAGAGUGUGAGAAUUCCAUGAUGUGCGUGCCGUUGUACAGGCCUGAUUUGGCGAACGACAAUCCACCCAGUAUGAUGCUGGUCAGACCUGUGGAGAACGACAAGAUGUGGAACGACUUGUUGGAUCAAAUCAAUGACGAUGCGGUCGGGACGUUGAGCACAGACGGCACCGAACAGGAUCAAAUACUGUUCAACGAGGCGAACAAGAACACUUGUAUGGAUCAGUCGAGCUGUUUGGAUAAUGAAAUCUGUAUGAAAGACAGGGACACCGAUGUCGGAACCUGUCGGUGUCCUCUAGGCUUCAGGCGGAAUAUCGCAGGCACUUGUACAAUGAUGGACGAGAUAGAGAAUACGGAGCUGGGUGUAACGUCGCAGCCGAAAGUCCAAACCAUGAAGGAUAUCAAUACAUCGGUGAAACCUACUGUGAAGCAACUGCUGGUCUCGGCGGUCUCCAAGGAAGUGAGAAUGCCGGAAAACGAAGUCACGCUGUCCGCGUACACUGUGCCCGCUGAACAGGGCAAUCAGCAUUAUAAUUACGCCUGGAGUCUGCUCAGUCAGCCGGAGGGGCAUACCGGGACGAUGACCGACCAGAAUCGCGUUACCGUGAAGCUGAGCAACCUGUCAGAAGGCUUGUACACUUUCAAGGUGGCUGUGAGCAGCCCGAACGCUUACGGAGAAGCCUACGCUAACGUCAGCGUUUUACCUCCGAAACGUCUCAACCAGGCGCCGAUCGCCAUCAUCUCCCCCGCCUCGCAGAUCGUCAAGUUGCCGAACACAGGGGCGGUCUUGGACGGCUCGAAUAGUAAGGACGACGAUCGCGUCGUCUCUUAUCACUGGGAACUGCAGCAAGGCCCGAUUGGAUAUCAGCCCAACCUUGUGGAUACACCCACGCUUCAACUAAAUAAUCUCAUUGCCGGCAAUUAUACAUUCAAGUUAACGGUGGAAGAUUCGGAUCACAUCACCAAUUGGACGAGCGCCAAUAUAACGGUCCUGAAAGUGACCGACUACCCACCCAGUGCGAACGCAGGCCAGGAUAUCAUCAUUUACCUACCUCAGAAUACACUGACGCUCAAUGGCAACUUGAGCACUGACGAUCGAGGCAUAGCGAGUUGGGAGUGGACUAAGAGCCCGUCCGAUCAGAAUAAAGCGGUGGAUAUGCAAAACACGAGAACGCCUUACUUACAACUGUCGAAUCUGGAGGAGGGAAUGUACACGUUUGUGCUGAAAGUGACGGAUAACUCCGAGCAAUCCUCGACGGCGGAAGUACACGUUUUCGUGAAGCCUCCGACAAACAAACCACCGAAGGCUGAUGCGGGUGACGAUGUAAGCAUCGCAUUGCCGUUGACGCGCGCUGUUCUAAAUGGUACAAGAAGUAAGGACGACAUAAAGAUCGUCUUGUACCAUUGGGAGCAAGUAAGCGGGCCUAACAACGCCGAAUUCGCCGCCGUGAAUGAGUCGGUUACGAAUAUCACGAAACUGACGAAGGGCGAUUACGUAUUCAAGCUGACCGUUGUCGAUGAUAACGGGAAUGUGGAUUCUGAUACCGUCGAUGUGAAGGUAACACAAAACAAAAAUGCGCCUCCGAAGGCGAACGCUGGUGGCGAUCAGAUUGUGACGGCACCGAUCAGCGUGUUGAUCAUCAAUGGCUCGCAGUCGAGUGACGACUUGAAGAUAGGACAGUGGUUGUGGACCAGAGAUCAGUCUAGCCUUGCAAUUGGCACCAUAGUUCAGAACACGGACGAAUCACCGGUCUUGAUAUUAACCGACGUGGUCGCCGGUAGAUAUGUUUUUCGGCUGAAAGUAACGGACGACCAGGGCCUCAGCAGCGAAGAUACCGUGUCGGUGAUCGUGAAACCUGAUCCACAAUUGUUGCAUCUGGUAGAAUUAACGCUGAACAUCGGAGCCGGUAUGCUAACCGCGUCGCAGAAGAAUUCGCUGGUGGUGAAACUGCAGAUGUUGUUGCGAGACGAAGCUUCGAUCGUCGUGCGCAAUUUGAGGGCCGAACCGCACACCGGGAAGGCUGUCUUGGUGUUUUACGUGGAAAAGAAAGGAGGGAAGACAGCGUUGCCGGGUCCGGAAGUGGUCAAAAGACUGAAGGAGAAAUUGCUUCAAGACUCUGGUCUUUUGCAGCUGUCGGUUGCUAAUAUCGACACUGCUGUAUGCCAGAACAAUUGUUCAGGUCACGGCGUGUGUGAUCAGGAAACGAGGCAGUGUAUGUGCGAGGCAUUCUGGAUGCAGAACUUGAUACAGAAGUAUUUUGGCAACGGAGACUCCAAUUGCGAUUGGAGCAUUCUGUACGUGAUAAUAGCACUGCUAUUGUUGGUCGUCUGUUGGGUCGGACUUAUUUGGGGAUUCGUUUGCCUGUGUCAGAGGAUAUGUGCCGGCAAAAGGCGCUCGCUUCGGCCUAAGAAGAAACCAGCGCGUUAUUCUCUCCUGCAACCGGAGCCGGAAGACGACAGCAGUGCAUUUUCGACUCACAACAAGAUGGUGCUGUCGGAGUCUGAUACCGACUCUGACGACGUCCUGUUCGAGCACCGUAAGAGUAAGAACGGUAAUCACAUAAGAAAUGGCAAAUCUCGAAAUGGAUUCAUCAAGAUCGGCCCUCGAGUGAAAACAUGAGGUAGUAAGUUUACGAUUCAUGUUGCGAUACGUCUCGGAUUCUUCUCGGCUAAAUAUUACUAGACUUAUUGGAAGCGUUGAGUGUUUGAAGUUUGGCAAGUUUAAUUGUUUGAGAAGUCCUCCCCUCUCUCGAAUAUAUCGACAGCCCGUGCAACUAGAGAAAAUAAAAGGUGAGUUGGAAUCGAGGUGUCACUCACUCCGAUUUUGCAUAUUCCACAGAUUUCGCGGCGACGGCGCAACGAUAAAUAUAGCGCACAGUUGUGUGUAAGUUUGGCCAAACUUAAAGUACUAGUCAUGGAGAGUGUAAGUCGAAUUGUGUACCUUGCGAGAACGAUACGAUUCCUCAGAGAUUGGUUAACAAUGUUCUAAAAGAGGUAGAUAUAUUAAGUAUUGUUUAUUGAUACACGAGAACGACAACAGUAUCAUAUACACACACACACAACAUAUACAUUCUACGUCAUACAAGUUACUUAAUUUAUCUUAAGCAUUAGUUUUAUCUCCUGUGUACUUUUAUCACGUGAUUCACUGGCUGUGCCAGUGAUCGGUGACGCGAUUGCAAACGUCGCAUCGAACUAUUUGAGAGCUUGUAUUAUUACGGCCUUAGAAAGUAUUUAAAUUAAUACCGAUAUGUAUAGUAAACACUCUAUCACGUCUGUAUGUCAUUUACAUGUACUGCUUACUCUUUAAUAUGUACAUUGUCUAUCUUAUUUUUACACUCUAUGGAUACUGAAUAAAAUUUGCUAUCCAUG